GCGUCGUGUUUUUGAGGUUACCUGUCAGUAGUAUAAUAGUAUUAUUGUAAUUAAAAUCGUUUGAUUUGAUUAUAUUACACGUAAACUAAUUGGAAAUUAUGGCAAAGCAUCAUCCAGAUCUUAUUUUCUGUAGAAAACAACCAGGUGUUGCUAUUGGCCGAUUGUGUGAGAAAUGUGAUGGUAAAUGCGUGAUCUGCGAUUCCUACGUACGUCCCUGCACCCUGGUGAGGAUAUGUGACGAGUGUAACUAUGGAUCUUAUCAGGGACGAUGUGUAAUCUGCGGUGGCCCCGGCGUUUCAGACGCUUACUAUUGUAAAGAAUGCACUAUACAGGAAAAAGAUCGGGAUGGGUGUCCGAAGAUUGUGAACUUGGGUAGUUCUAAGACUGAUCUGUUCUAUGAGAGGAAAAAGUAUGGAUUUAGAAGACACUAACUAUUGUGUUACUAGGAUAACAUUUU